CGAACGAAUCACAACGCGUCCGUCGCCUUCCAAGUGGAGAGGGGCGGUGAGGAAGCCAGCGGUACCACCAAAAUGGCAACUAUGAAAACAUUGAGUUUGGUCACUCGUCUUGGAAAUAGAAGUUUUCCCACUAGACUGGGGCCUGAUUUGACCAACAAAAUAAUUCCAGCGAUACAUUCCGUGCCGGUGCGGUAUGCUAGGUUCAAAUCAAGUCCAUUAAUCAGCAAGGAUGAAAGCCAGUACACUGGAUUUGAAAUUUCUCGCAGCCCUGAGGAGUGGAAAUUUGUUCAAAAUUUGUUACCGGCACUCACUGUACCAGAACCCAAACCUAAACCUGAAUACCCAUCAGGAUGGCGUCCCCAGAAAGCCCCCGCCAACUCGGUCUACUUCAUCCAGCGCACGGCCAACCACAUGCUGCCCGUGUACAUGAGGCGGAGCGGGCCCCGCGGCCAGAGCGUCCGCACCGUGGUGCGCUACGUGCAGGGCGACGUCUGGCAGCUGGAGCGCGACCUGCGGGCCAUGCUGCAGCGCGUGUACCCGGACGAGCUGGUCAUCACCACGCAGGUGAACGAGGUGGCCGGCCAGGUGGUGGUGCGGGGCGACUUCGUCUCGGCCGUCCGCGAGUACCUGCUGUCCGAGGGGUGGUGAGGGCGAGGGCCUCGGCCGUGGCCGCUCCGCCCUCCAGUGGGCCCUCCAGGGGGCGAGCGUCGGGCACCUGGACGCCGAGUGGCGGCGAAUCCGACGCCGCCGACGACGCCACGCCGCGAUCGACCUCCUGGCCGCACGGCCCCUUUGCUCCGCGCAUUGACUCGCCGCGGAGGCUCAUGCUGUGUUGUGUACAUACUAGUGUAGGGUGUGAUGUGAAAUAAAGUGUCGUUUGUUCCAUUUUCA